CUUUAUAAACAGAGAGCAAGUAAAGAAGGAAGAGGAAGUGUUUAAACUGUCAGAGGCUCCAACAUGAAGGUCCGUCACACGUUGAUCUUCUUUGUUUUCAUCUCCACAACACUGGAGAAUGGAGACGCCUGUCUAACAGAGAGAGAUAUCUUGAAUCAUACAGCAACCGAAGGAGGAAACUUCAAAAUAAAAUGCUACUUCGAUAACCCCGAUGAAAGGAAGAUCUUCUGCAGGGACGACUGCAGGGAGGAAGACAUUCUCGUUGAAACAAGCGGUGUCAGAGCUCAGCGUGGCAGAUACAGCAUUGGAUAUAAUGAAGAACAUGUGGGAAUGUCUAUAAUGCCUUUGUAUGUGAGCAUCAAACAUCUGACAAAGGCUGACUCUGGAAGAUACAGCUGUGUGUUUGGAAAUCUUCAGUCUCCAAGUGAUACCCAGGUGAUGGAGCUCAGAGUUGAAGGCGCUCCAACAACUUCGGAACCAAGCCAGACUAUCCAACCUUUGUCAACAUCAGCUCCACCAGCCUCCACACUGACAACAACAUUGGAAAAACUGGCAACACCAGCUGCAGCUCGAGGUCUUCCCCAGGAGACAAACCCAGGAGUUCAGCUGAAUGUGCAGCUGGUUCUGAUCCUCAUGAUCAUCGUUUUAUCAGCAGCUGUGCUGAUAGUCUGCAGGAGGACCAGAAAACCUCAAGAAUCUCAUGUGGGACUCGAGGAUGUUAAUAUCAUCAGUGCCGAUGGGCUGCAUGAGGAGGCCAGAGAGAAGAUUCUGGAAAUGUGAACAACAAUUGUUUUAAAUGAAAUAAAGUGAACUUUCUGAUCAA